AUGGAUUUCCAACAUCGCGUUGGAGGCAAAACCGGCUCUGGUGGUGUAGCAUCAGAGUCGGAGGCGAAUCGCGACCGGCGUGAGCGCCUUCGUCAGUUGGCCUUGGACACUAUUGAUCUUGAAAAAGAUCCCUAUUUUAUGAAGAAUCACCUGGGUACUUAUGAAUGCAAGCUUUGUCUCACGCUUCACAAUAAUGAGGGCAGCUAUCUUGCACAUACUCAAGGUAAAAAGCACCAGUACAACCUUCAGAGACGCGCGCAUGAACAAGCAAAAGAGGGUCCAGCGACACUUCAACCAGAAAAGGCCAAAGUUGAACCGAAGAAAUUUAUUAAAAUUGGUCGCCCUGGCUAUAAAGUAACUAAGCAGAAAGAUCCGGAGACAGGUCAACAAUCAAUGCUCUUUCAAAUUGACUAUCCUGAGAUCGCCGACGCUGCUGGUGUGAUUCCACGUCACCGUUUUAUGUCAGCUUAUGAGCAGCAUGUUGAACCUCCAGACAGGAAGUGGCAGUAUCUCCUAUUUGCUGCUGAGCCUUACGAAACCAUCGCCUUCAAAGUUCGCAGCCGGGAGGUUGACAAGGAUCCAAAGAAGUUCUGGACUUACUGGAAUCCCGCAUCGAAGCAGUUCUUCCUUCAAUUUGCUUACAAGCUUGAGAAUCAAUCAACGUCGUCCGCGAUGAUUCGUGAGUUGGAGAUGCAGAAGGCGCGUGCCCAGCAGGCGCAGCUGCAGCUUCAACUGCCUCCUCCACCGCCGCCUCCACCUCCUCCGCCAGCCAUUCCAUCGUUCGGAACGACGCCUUUUGGUAUGUCGCAGGCAGUGCAGCCACCACCGCCUCCACCACCAUCGCUCACUGCUAUCGGAAUGGGAGUACCACAGCCCCCGCCUCCACCACCCCCACCACCGCUCUUGGCAGCCCCCCCGCCACCUCCACCACCACCGCCGCCAAUCGGCCAGUAA